AUGGUGGCUCUGCAUAAGAUCCACACAGUGUAUAAAGUGGGGGUCCUGAUGGCUUCAAGACUGGACUCGCCGUUUGACUUGGAGCGUUGUGGACCUGCCGUGGACCUGGCCUUGGACAAGGUCAACAACAUGUUCCUUGCCCACCACGGCGUCGAGCUACAGAAGGUUCAGGGCAGCUACCCGUCCUGCUCGGGCGCGAUCGCUCCUGGGUUGGCAGCGGACAUGCACUUCAAGGAUGACGUCAUCGCGUUCAUCGGGCCGGCGUGCGCCUUCGCCUUGGAGCCAGUAGCCCGCCUCGCGGCCUACUGGAACACGCCUAUCAUUACUGGCAUGGGGGAUCAGCCACCGUCGCAAGGGGAACUGGAGACUCCAGCGAGUGUUGUCAGUCGAAUCCAUAAGCUGAACAACUUGCCUGAAGGAACUAAGACGCUCUUCAACGACAAGGGCAAGUACCCGACCCUGACUCGGAUGUCGUACUGCCAGUGUCGCCUGCCCAGGGUGUUCUCCAGCGUGUUCGAGCGGUUCGGCUGGGCCCACGUCGCAUUGUUGCUCGACAAGUCUGACUUGUUCUCUCUUACUGUUGGUAAGAGCUUAGAAUGGGGCCUACGCAGAGCUGGUAUGCUGAAGGCGGUGAGAGAACUGGACGGUAAUGAGCGAGAGUCCCGGCAGAACAGGGAAGCCUUGCUGUUGGAUGUCAGCAUGUAUGCUCGAGUGGUGAUCCUGAGUGUUCGUGUGCCGCUGGUGCGGGAGUUCCUUCUGGCCGCUCACUCGCUCGGCAUGACACGCGGCGACUGGGCCUUUCUCGACGUCGAGAUAUUCCAGGGUGGCUACUGGGGCGAGACCGGAUGGGCAGCGGGCGACUCUCUGGACACGGCUGCGCGUGCUGCGUACGAGGCGCUACUGCGGGUGUCCCUCAAGCUGCCCACCGGAGACAAGUUCGACGACUUCGCUGAUGCCGUCAAGAUGCGAGCUAAACAACAUUAUAACUACAGCUUUUCUGACGGGGAAGAGGUAAAUUUCUUCAUCGGAGCGUUCUACGACGGUGUGUACUUGCUGGGCAUGGCUCUGAACGAGACUCUGACUGAGGGUGGAGACAUCAGGGAUGGGAGGAGGAUUACCAGCAGAAUGUGGGGCCGCGACUUUCAUGGUAUAACGGGUCACGUUCGUAUCGACGCCGUGGGCGACAGGGACGCAGACUACGCCAUUUUGGAUUUGGAUCCCGUUACCGGGAAAUUCGAGGUGGUGGCAUUCUACCAUGGGCUGAACAGCAGCUACAAGCCAGUGGCAGGCAAAGCCAUCCACUGGCCGGGCGGACGACGCGGCCCACCCCCCGACACCCCGCGCUGCGGAUUCCUUGGCAAUGACCCUAUGUGCCAGGGAGAGGCCCAGACAGUAAUAAUUUACUGUUUUAUCGGGCUGGCUAUAUUCCUAACUUUUGCUGUAACUGCGGCGUGUGUCGCGUACAAACAAGCUCGUAUAGACGCAGAGCUUAACAACACAGCGUGGCGUGUGCGUCCUGAGGAGGUGUUGGUGGAGGUGGGCACCGGGCUGGGCGCCAGUCCAGCACUGCACAGCAUCAACGAGGUGCUCAAGUUGUCCCUGGGUUGGAGUGCGCGCAGCAGCUCAGGUGCCGUCUCCGGGGUGGGCAGCACUCCGUCUCUGAACCUGUCCUCGUUCACCGUCGGCCUGUAUAAGGGCAACCGCGUCGCCGUCAAGAAGAUACACAGGAAGAAACUGGACCUUAAUAAGAAGCUUCUUUGGGAGAUUAAACAGGCCCGUAACGUGUCGCACGAGAACACAGCGCGGUUCAUCGGCGCGUGUGUCGACUGCCCGCUGGUGUUCGUGCUGACAGAGUACUGUCCCAAAGGCUCAUUGAAAGAUGUCCUUGCCAAUGAAGAGCUGCAGCUGGAUUGGAACUUCAGGACCUCGCUCGUCCACGAUAUUGUGCAGGGCAUGUGUUAUCUGCACGGUGGUUUAGGAGCUCAUGGCAAGCUGCGGUCUUCGAACUGCCUCAUCGAUGGUCGCUUCGUGCUCAAGAUAUCCGAUUACGGACUCAACACGCUCUUCACUCCUACUGACUUGAUCAAAGAUGACACUUAUUAUUACAAGUUGCUGUGGACAGCUCCAGAGCUGGUGACAGGCAGUAUGUACCCUGGCGCGGCUGCCUCUCUGAAGGGAGACGUCUACAGCUUCGGUAUCAUCCUGGAGGAAAUCAUACUCAGAGCUGGACCCUUCCAUCACUACUGCGGGACACUGUCCAAUGAAGUGAUAGUUUCGAGGGUGUGUGCGCGCGAGUCGCCGCCGUUCAGACCAGUGGUGUGCCUGACAGACGUAGCCGCAGGUGCGGGGGGCCCAGGGGCUGCGGCGGAGCUACUCGAGCUGGCAUCCCGCUGCUGGGCUGAGGGUCCUGACGACAGGCCCACGUUUGACUUCAUCAACGCUAACUAUAUCAAGGGAUAUUGUGAUAAUCUGAUGGACGACCUGCUUCGCCGAAUGGAACAGUACGCCAACAACUUGGAGACGCUGGUUGAGGAGAAGACAGAGCAGCUAUCGAUGGAGAAGCGAAGGUCUGAGGAGUUGCUUUACCAGGUUCUUCCAAGGCCGGUAGCCCAACAGCUGAUGGCAGGGGAGAUGGUCCAACCAGAAAGCUUUGAAUGCGUGACCGUAUACUUCAGCGAUAUCGUAGGGUUCACUGAACUCUGCGCUGCGUCCACGCCGAUACAGGUCGUUGACCUCCUCAACGACUUGUACAGCACCUUCGACAGGAUUAUCGGAUUCUACGAUGUUUACAAGGUGGAAACAAUAGGAGAUGCGUAUAUGGUGGUGUCUGGACUACCAGAGAGGAACGGUGACAUGCACGCUCGGGAGAUAUGUCUGAUGGCGUUGGCAGUGGUUGAAGCUGUCCGCGGGUUCGUCGUCAGGCAUCGACCAGCUCAUCGACUGGAGGUCCGCGUUGGAGUUCACUCAGGGCCCGUCUGCGCCGGAGUAGUGGGGGUCAAGAUGCCACACUACUGCCUCUUUGGAGACACUGUCAACACAGCCAGCAGAAUGGAGUCUACUGGCCAACCUCUACGCAUCCACCUGAGCGAGAGCACACGCGCGCUCCUCGACCAAUGGGGCACGUUUGUGGUUGAGCGUCGAGGCGAGGUGGAGCUCAAGGGCCGAGGCCGGAUGCUCACCCACUGGCUCCUGGAGUGCUCUGAGCCGGAAGCCAGGCUCAUGUCUCAAGGGUCCCAACCGCCGCCGCAAUACCCGAUACUCUUCCCAGCAUUGCCGCAACCAGCUAUCCUACAUACCCCGUACCUUGUCGUAGAACCACCCACCCUGGCUGCUUGAUCCGAAGAGAACAGUGACACUGAAGUGAGGAUAGAGGAGACCACUGAUUAGUGACCUCCGAAAACAGGGAAAGUGAUUGUUUGUGCUCGUUUCAUUCUUGAGGUUAUAUGGUGAUACAAAGGUGACCUAAAGUGUUAUCCGGUUCUAAGAUAAAGUGGAAUAUGUUUCAUAUUUUGUGUAAAAUAAUUAAUAACAAGUACUUAGUAUGUAAUUAUUUCAAUUAGGUAAUUCCAUUUGAUGUCGUGCCAAAUUAGACCAAGUCGAAACGAAAUUAUGAUACUUAGAAAAUGUAACCUAAGAGAGGGCAGCAGUAACUAUUAGUACUAUUCAGACGCGAAGGACAGGGGUCCUAGUACGGUUUUGAAAUAGACUACUCUGGGCGCCAUCCUAGUCGCGUCAGACAGAGUACUGCGGGGCGGAAGGCAAGAGGGACACCACUGCCCUAUUUUUCCCUAAAAAGUAUGGAGAAUGCUACACCGACAAGAGUGUGGCUUUUAAACUAGUGAUGGUGAGAAAAUGUAAAGAAAAUAUGUAAAUGUUUUACUAUAUUUAUAACUAUCUUCAGUAAUACUGUUCCUAUUUCUACAAUUUUAUAUUGUUGUCAAAAUAAUGUAUAUUUUUAUAUGAAUGUUGACCAUUUGAAGAUUGUAAGUAUGCAUUUAGAUGUUAGAAGAAAUGUAGAG